AAAUGAGUGAUAGUAUAUAUAUAUAUAAGUUCAGUUCUGGGUUUGACUUGCAAAAAUAAGGAAACUGAAGGCAAAGAAUAGGUAAGAAAAUGAGUGAUAGGGUGAGUAAUCCUCCAAAAUUUCACUUUGUUUUAGUUCAUGGAUCGUGUCAUGGAGGGUGGUGCUGGUUCAAGAUCCGCUGUCUUAUGGAAACAUCAGGAUAUAAAGUCACUUGCGUUGACCUUAAAACCGCCGGUAUCGAUCCAUCUGACCCUAACACACUCUUCACUUUUGAAGAAUAUAACAAGCCACUUAUUGACUUCUUGUUUAAUUUGCCUGAGGAUGAAAAGGUGAUAUUGGUGGGUCACAGUGCAGGAGGUCUGAGCUUGACGGACGCCUUACACAAGUUUGGUAGUAAGAAGAUUCAAAUGGCCAUUUAUGUUGCAGCCAACAUGUUGAAGUACGGUUUUAAUACAGAUGAAGAUGUCAAGGAAGCAGUCCCAGAUUUAUCAGAAUUCGCAGUUGUAAAUGAACAAACGUUUGGGUUGGGACCUGAUAAGCCUCCAACAAGCAUGAUAGUGAAAAAGGAAUUUCAGCGAAAAAUCCUCUAUAAUAUGAGCCCUAUGGAGGACUCUACUUUGGCCUCCAUGCUCCUAAAGCCAGCACCUGCAAUGGCCUUGGGAGAUGCUAAAUUCGAAGAACAAGGAUCAGACGCUGAUAAGGUGAGACGUGUAUAUAUUAAGACCUUGAAUGAUAGAGUAAUCAAACAAGAACAGCAAGAUGCUAUGAUUAGAAGCUGGCUUCCGUCGGAGAUAUUUGAUAUUGAGAGUGAUCACAGCCCCUUUUUCUCCGCCCCCUUUAUUCUUUUUGGCUUUAUAAUCAAAGCUGCAAUAACUUUAGUUGAGUAAUCUGAGAGUAUCGUGCAUUAAUCACCUCUGGUGGCCAUGAUAAAAGAGCAAAAAUAGGUUCUAUGAGUUCUUGAGUUUAAGUCCAUUCAGACACUAAUAGGAGUGGUUAUUUAGGUUUUUAUCUGGUCGUCAGUUUUAGGGUCCCAAAAUAUUAAUUGAGGUACAUAUAACCUGGUUUGGACACCCUCGAUGAUAAAAGAAAAAUGUAUUAUGCAUUUAAAUCUGUUAUAUACUGGAGUUUAAAUCUUUA